AUGGCUAAGCUGGAUUUACUUUCUUUUGAUAUUAAAGGCGCUUUUGAAGGAGACCAGUUUGACAGAGCGUUGUCAUGGUUACCAAAGGCCGAACAUCCAUCUGUCAUGAGAUUCAAAUUUGCUAGAGAUAGACAUUUAGCAUUAGCCAAUUUGCUUUUAAGGCGACAUUAUUUUUCUCAAGAGCUACAGGUGCCUUGGUUUGAUCUCGAGUUUGAACGCUUACCUGCAGGAAAACCGAUUUUGAAACAUUUUGAAUCUCUAAAUUACGAUUACAACACAUCUCAUGAAGGAGAUUGGGUUAUUUUUGGCUGUACAAAAGAUAUGAAAAUUGGUGUCGAUGCUGUGGCCAUCGAUCGCCCUAAAAAGCAAUCGAUCGAUGCUUAUUUGAAGAGUUUCCAGCCUCAGUUGACGCAUAAUGAAAUGCAUCUAGUCAUGGACAGUGAUAACGAAGAUACUCGCCUAGAGACAUUCUAUCAAUUGUGGGGAUGCAAAGAGAGCUACACAAAAGCGCUUGGGUUAGGGCUGUCUCUGGAUUUACUAAAAUUGGAUUUUGCCAAUGUACAUGAUACGAUCAAGGUGAGGUUUGAAGGUGAGCAACUGGAUAAUUGGGUAAUCUACCUAGAUCGCUUGGAUGAUACGACACUCGCUGUGGUGUGCUGUGGUUACAUCGAGGCAUCAAUGACAUUAGACUUGAAGAUGAUUGAAUUUGGUCGAUCAACACAACUCCUUGGUAGACCCUCGCAGGUUAAAAAUGAUACAAAUAUCUUCCAUCAGAUCAAGCUGCAAGAUAUUGAGAACAAUGAGUGGAGGCCGCGCAGUUAA